UUAGAUGCAUAAGUAUUUAAGAAAAAAUAAGAUCAUUUCAAAUAAUGAAAUAGAAAUCAUAUUAAAAAUAAUAAAUAUUAACUACAUGAAUAUAGCUAUAAAAGCACUUUCAAAUAUAGGUUUAAAUAAUGAGCAUCCUCAAUUUGAAAAUAUUCUGAGAUUAAUUUUAAAACAUAUAAUUAAUACUAAAAUGCUAAUUAAAGAUAUUAUUUUGUUUUGUAAUUUUACGGGAAAUAAAGAGAUAUCCAAAAAAUAUUUUUUAAUAUCAUUAUAUUAUUCAUUAAAGAAAAAUGACAAUUUGUCUCUUCUUUUGCUCAAAAUAUGUAAAGAACAUUGUUUAUUACGCCCACAUUACUUUUGGCCACUUUUAAUUAGGCAAGCAAAUAAAUAUAAUGUACAAGGUAUUUUAAAUAUUCUUUAUAUUAUGAACAAUGAUUUUAAUAUAUCGCCUUGUAUUGAUACAAUUACUGAUUAUGUUUUACCAUUUAUAUAUGGAGAAGUAAUCUAUAUAAGAAAACUAUUAAUGAAACAUAAAAUAAGUGAAACCAUAAUUAAUAAUUCUUAUGUAUUAUUUUUAUUGAAAAAGAGAAAAAUAGCAGAAGCUACUAGAUAUAGUGAGUGA